CCGAGCUCCCGAGCCGAGCCGCGCUCCGGGCCCGGGCCGGGAUCGGGAUCCUGUCUGUAGAGCUAUCACGUUUCCGUAUUUCGCGCGAUUUCGCGCCGCCGGCGUGCCGGGGGACGGGAACGGGUCCCCGAUUGCGCUCGUCCUAGCACUAAAGAGUAUCCCUAGCUCCAACCCGAACCCUCGUUUGCUAAAACACCACCUUGAGCUCUCAAAUCAAGGCAAAUGGCAGGACCAACUCAACAGAGGACAAGCAUUUUUCGAAUCGCCGUGGAUUUUGCAAAAGUGGAACUGGUGGAACAACUACAACCAACGUACUGUUCGCUGUCGUUUGAAGGUUGUCUAAGAACUGCAAAUCGUGCUGGAAUGGCGAAGAAAACUUUAUCCGACGACCGGCUAAAAAGGCAUGGUGGCGCGGCUGGGGCCGGCCGGUGAGCCGCUGGCCGGUGCGCCGCUGAGCGCGGGCUAGCCGCCCGCGGCGGAGCCUCGCCGCCCUCCUCACCAUGCUGCACACGGCCGCGCCCUCCACCGCGGCGCCUCUGGACGCCCUGGCCGUGCAGCGCCGCUUCAACGAGUACACGCUGAGCACGCGCUACCACCAGUUCAUCGGCGUCCUCACCAGCCUCAACCUGACGGACGCCGAGCUCGAGCUGCUCAACCUGAGCACCCCGCUCAACGGCACGGUGCUGGCGGCCACCUGCCGCCCCAACACCUGCUACUGCGCCGGCGAGUACGGCUCAGGCCAGCUGCAGAACCCUCGGUUCAGAGAAACCUACGUGUGGCUGAUCAAGGCGCUGUACCGCGCCAAUCGGCGGAAGGCGCAGCUGCGGGGGUACAGCGCCGUGGCGGUGCUCAGCGUGCAGAACGGCAGCUGCGGCGGGCAGCAGGUGCAGCAGAUGCAGCAGCUGCGCCGGCCCACGCGCGCCGAGCGUCGCACGGACCGCACCACGAAGAUGCUCCUCGCCAUCCUGUUGCUCUUCCUCAUUACCGAGUUCCCACAGGGUAUCCUAGGCCUGCUGAGCGGCAUCCUGGGCCACAGCUUCUUCAGCAGCUGCUACCACCUGUUCGGCGAGGUCAUGGACAUCCUGGCGCUGCUCAACGGCGCCAUCAACUUCAUCCUAUACUGUGCCAUGAGCCGGCAGUUCCGCACGACGUUCGGCCAGCUGUUCAAGCCGCGGGGCCUCAUGGCCAAGCUGCACGCUGUGCACGGGCCCAACACCUCGCAAACCGAGGUCCAGAGCACGUACGUCUGAUGCCGCGGGCCGCCGGCCUGGUCGUCGUGGCUGGGGCUGCUGCUGGGUCGUCGCGUGAACGACCCUGCGGCGGCCCCCGCGCAGGACGGCCAGAGCGCGUGCGGCCCCAGCCUGCCGCCCCUGCCGGGGCCCCUGCUCCGGGCGUGCCCCGCGCGCGCCGCGCGCCCCGCUCCGCCCGCGCCCACCACCGUGGUGCGCUUCCGCUCGCCGGGAGCCAUCGAGGUGCUCGUCAUGGGCUCGGUGCGCUACCGCCCCGGCCUGGCGGACGCCCUGUGACUCUCGCCGUCGUCGUGGCCGCGGCGGGCGCGGGCGCACCCCCACCACCACCACGGGUCGUGGAGGAAGCGCAAGUGUGAGGUGCUGUGAACAACAUUGGUGGUUUCCGUGGGACUGUGCAAUACGCCAACGGUACCUCCGUGCAUUUGUGUGGGUCGUGAGAGACUCUUGAAGUAACGUGCUGGGACAUCUUCACGUAGAUGCACACAGAGCGCACGACAACGUUGAGAGCAAAGUAGAGGUUACAUUGUUGUAAUGUAAGAAAGGCAGACAGAGUGAGAUCCAUUGGCGUACCUUCCCUGCAGCGUCGUAUAAGUAAUCCGGUUACGCAAGUCUUUUUGUUUUGUUUGUCUUGUUUCGUUGUUGGCGCAUUACCAACAAACAGCGCCCUCCUCCCCCACCCCGGCGCGCCCUGAGCCAGCCCGCCGGGGGGCGGGGGGGCAGGGGGGUCUGCUGCAUGAAGCCAGAGUACGCGCGGUAAACACAGUGCAUGCCGAACCGUCCGAGCCAUGAGGAGGCUGAGGUACCCGCUUCACCGUCUCGACGGCGGCGGCGUCGCCCUGCGUUGGUCGCGACGCCGCCGGCCCGCUUUAGACGUGUGUUCUUAAUGGCCUUGCAAAACUCCUCUUCCGAGCACUCCUCCACGACGACUUGACGCGACCUGCCUCGCGGCCUCUCGCUGGGGGAGGGGGGGGGGGUUCUUUUUUCCCUAUCCGUCCUCUCCGCCUCCCUGGGCGCGCAAUCUAACAUGCGUUCUGCUUCCCCUCCCCCCCCCCCCUUCCCUCCAUACUCCCCUUCUGCCCACGCAAGUUAAUGAAACUCUUGCUGCUCAGUUCAUAUUCGUGUUGACAACUCGCCCGGGCGUAUACCGUCUUGCUGCUCCAAGACGGGCCUGUUUCUUGUGCUUCUCCGCACGCGUGCUGCUCGUGGUAUGGGGAGCAGGGAGAGAGAGAGAGAGAGAGAGAGAGAGAGAGAGAGAGAGAGCAGGAAGAGAGGGGGGGGGAGAGUGGAAACGGCUUUGUAUGAUGGGUGUGGGAGAGGGAUGGACAGCCGAGUCAGGGAGCGCGCCCCUCUCGGGAGCCUCGCGCGCGGCGGGAGCCUGCCGCCCACACCGGCUGGUCUCGCGGGCCGGAGGGAGCCGCGCUGAAAUAGUGCCUGGUUCUCUCUGAGUAAUGCGUAUUGGACGCGCCCCUCCCCACCCCGCUCCGUCCCGCCCCGCUCCUGCUCCCGCUUACCCCCGCAGCCGCCCCCAACGCAUUCUAUAUUGCGCCUGAAAACAGCGACCGCUGCUGCUGCUGCGCGCGCACUCUCUGCUGAUCCACUCUGGGCCCUACGCAUCGCUACGCCCCGCCGCCCCCCGCCCCGCCCCGCCGCGCCCCGCCGCGCCCCAACGGGACCAAUGACAUAUCGACGUCGCUCAGCUCUGCAUGAAAAUGUAGCGCGAAAUUAAAAGCCAUCCAUCACCGGGGUUGAGAGUGACGAGGGAGGGGAGGAAGAGGUGGCCGCUGCUGCGGCUGUGAGGAAAAUAAGGGAGAGAGGGAGAAAGAGAGAGAGAGAGAGAGAGAGAGAGAGAGAGAGAGAGAGACGCGGAGGGGGUUGAGAGGGGGAUAGGGGGGAGUAUUUCUGCCGCGUUCCUCCUCGGCUUUAGGCAAAAGAGGGCCGUGUGCGAAACGUUACGGAAAAAAGCGAGAGUGUUCACGUCGUUCACGGCCGAGGUCGGCGGCGGCCCGGCGGCGAGGCGCGGCGGGCGCUCUCUGCGCUGGAGCACGCCAUGAGCGGCAGCAGCAGCGGUGCGGACGAGCAGCGCGUGGAGAGCGUGCGCGCCGGGGCGGGAAUGGGAAGUAAUAGCACGCAGAAGCUUAUAUCACAAUAAGUCGAAUGACGUGUCAGCGCCCGGCGGCGUGUUCCCCGGGAGCGAGUGGCAAAAGGGGGGAAUAAAGCGAGGGGUGGGGAAAAAAAUAACAAAAUUGACGGGAAAACUGAGCGAGCAGCAAGUGUUCCGUACAGCGGUAGCAUGACGGAGCAUGACAGGAGGCGUAUCGUGCACAUUUAAAAGAAAAUAUAUUCAUCGAUUUAUUUAUUCAAAAAACGCUUUUCCUUUGCCUCGACAACCUCGGCUCUUUCCGCCUCACAAGCUUGUGUAGCCCGUGCUGACCAAUACGCAACGCAUGGGCCAUCGCCUUCGCCUCGGGUAUAUAUCAAUAAUCGCUCUCUCUCCUCGUCUCCUUCCCCCUCCCCCUCUCCCUCCCCCGUUUACUCUCAUAUUUGCCAGGCCAGAGGCCAGGCCGGAGAGGCCGGCUGCUGCUGCUACUGAUGAGAAGCAAUGUCUGCGAAGUUGGCGCCUGCCUCUGUCCGCGCGCGGCAGAAGGCCUAACCCCUACGGUUAAUUAGAAGGAGAAGAACUUUGCACAUUUAGCUUGUUCAAACACACGCAGUGAUAAGCUAAAGGGGAGGGAGGGAUCUUAUUUACCCCACCAUCCCCUUUGCCUCUCCCGCGUCUCCGUCCGAAACAUUUUAGUUCUCUCCUCCACCCCCCCCCCCUACCCCCACCCCCUCUUUUUUUUCGCUCCGUAGCCCUUGCUCUACUUUUGUCGUCCUACGCAGAGGGGAUGAAAAAUAUACCAAUGCAGCCACGAGGGACCGACAACAGCGUGAUGACUUUCUCCCUUUUGCUUUCCACCGCGCCACCGGGCCUCCAAAGGGCGCGCGACCGACCGACACUCACUGUGUUGAAUUCCAACUCGUUUCAGACAAGCGGGACGGUUAAGCCAGUGGAUUUCGCUCUCUCUCUGCUGAUGCUGCUAUGUGACUCUCUCGCCGCGGUGAGGGCAAAAAAAAAAAAAAGAGAGAGAGAGAAGAUCGUGUUACGAAAUUUUAUUAAAAAGGCUGUGAGGGUAAUGAUUUGAACAAGGACCAGCGCUGCCUGACUGAGCAGAGACGCGAAUGUGUGAGUGAGUGAGAGUGCGUGUGAGACUGCGAAAUUAAAACAGAAACAAAAAUAAUGUAACGACACAAAAGUGAGGCAGGGCAGAGUGAACGCGGGACAGAGCCUGCUGUGUGUCGUCCCAUAAUGUGGUGAUCUCAUAGACUUUUAUGAGCGUAGCAUUUUGUAUGGUGGUGUGUUUUUUCGUUGUUUUGUACUUACCGUUUUAGGCUAAGCUCCGCUGUACGCUCACGCUGCUGUCCCGUGCAGACGGCGGCCGGGCGCGCCAGGCUCGCGGGGGCGUAUACGGUACGUCCGCGGCCCGCCCAUUUACUGAGCCCAAAUGGCGGCCACGCCAGCGACAGAGGCCCCCGACGAGCCCCCCGGGGCCCCGGGCCGCCGCGGACAGCGGCGAGCGGCCACGGCAACGCAACAUCGACUGCGUUUUCGUUUUUGUAUAAUAAAUUGUAUUACUACUUUCUCCAAAUUAUUUAUAAUAAUAGCUAUAUUAUGAUGCAUAAUAAAAUUGUUCGUUUCUCGUA